UAUUUUAACCCUUCCAACACAACAUCAACAAUAUGCCAUCAUCAUAACGGGUCCUUCUUUACACGGCCAAAUCCUACCACACAAUUCAACGACUCGUUACAACAUACGUAAAAACCGUCCCAAUACCUCCUCGUUCACACCGGCUUUCAUUCCACAUUUAAUUUAACCAUCACGCUAGCAGCAGCAAAACCUUUCUCUCAUCAACAGACGUAGCAAGGCGACGGACGGUAAAGUUAGGAAUUUAGGAAGAAUGAUGCGUCGCGAAGGUUUGACCCUGGGCGUGCUGACGGCGAUAAGUUGCGUCCUCUUGUCCUCCAUGGGUUAUGCGGCAGAUCCAGGCACGCUGACCACGUCGGAAGACCCCGCCCGAGUCCUCGUCUAUAAGCAAUUGCAAAAUAAAUAUGUGGUGGAAAGUAUGGACGUGGUCAUCAAGUACAGCCUCUACAAUGUGGGCUCCGUCACUGCCACCAAUGUCCAAUUGAAGGAUCCCAGCUUUGGGCCAGACUUCACCGUUGUGGGGGGAACCACCGAGGUCACCUUUCCUCGAAUACCUCCUGCUUCCAAUGUGACACACACGCUGGUCGUCAGACCCACCAAGUUUGGCUACUACAAUUUCACUGCGGCGCAAGUUACUUAUAAGUCGGGGGAUGAUGCUCCAGAGGUGUUCCAAGGCUGGUCCAGUGAACCUGGAGAGGGAUACAUAGCUGCCUUCAGGGAGUUUGACAAACGAUUCUCUCCACAUUUCUUGGAUUGGACCGCAUUUGCUAUCAUGUCUGUGCCUCCACUUGUCAUUCCGUUCAUGUUAUGGCACUCGAGCAAGUCCAGGUACGAGGCUGUCCUUUUAGGAAAGAAGUCAAAAUAAACCACUAUCAGAGGCAACUACCAGCUAUCAAGACAAAUUUCCCCUUGCAAAACUUCCUUAUUUACUUACCCUCCCUCCCUCAAAGUUGUCGUCAUGUUAUGAUUAUUAUGAAAUUGGCUCAGUUAUUGGUUUAGAAUGGUCACUACAUUAUACGACCAUACUCAUUUAGCCCACCUAGUUGAAAAAUACAAUAUCCAACCGAUAUUACGAAACUUGGGCAUAAUAUCAUCUUCGUAUGUGUGUUACUACUCCAUCAAGUCGCCGUCCUCUAUAACGGUGUUAAUAAGACGUUUUUCAAUUAAAUUUAGUUGGUGUGCUAUUCGGUUAGUUUUAUAGUGAGAUGUGAGGAUGAGAUGUAACAAGUAAUAUUAACUAAUAUUAUUAUUAUUAUGAUUGGUUUAGUUCUUUAGUUAAAGAGACCAAGGGUUUAAUUCACCUUUUCUCUUAGAUUUGCAUGACUUUCCUUCCGACCCAAGUUAUUAAUUUGUCAUUUUGUUUAUCCAGAUAGGGUAAUGUAUUCGUUAGUGUUUCUACGUGUAAGGAUAUCAUCAUCCUUAGUGUUGACUCAUUAUAAAAGAUGGAACACCUUUUGACUAUACUAUGUUUGUGUGCAUGCUAAAUAAGUUAGAACGAAAUGUAACUGGUGCGAAAUUGCUAUUGAAUAAUGAUUAAUUUAUAUUGUCUAAUACCAAACUAGUAGGGUAACUACUUCCACUUCUACUCUUGUCCCUUGAAUAAAGCAAAUGAUCAUCAUGUAAUAAAAAGGGACUGAACAAAUUGA